CGUCCCCAAAAGUCGGUGGAUCUCGUUCGCGUGAGGAGCUCAACGCUCCGUUAGCGGCAAUUCGAAAAGAUAAACUCCACGCCAAAAACGGUUCGUUCAAAUCGCCGCUGCAAACGCACAAACACCUCAAACGGCCAACGCACGUAAAUUACGAGUAAUUAACCUGAUAGUAAAAUUGUUUAAACAACUGUGUGUGGCUCGUUAAAAUAUAUUGUUUAUAAUCUUAAUCGGAAUGCUAGAAGCCGGAGGCUGCUAAAAAUAUUUACCGUGGGUGUUUGUGUUUUUUUGCGCACAGACCCCCCCUCAUUUUUGCCGAAAGGGGCGUGGGAAUUUCUGCGUGCGUGUAUUGGUGUUUUGUGUAUAACAUGGAUAUUCAAGAAUUUUGCACAUGAAUCCUUUUUACAACAAAUUAUAGUCUUGCCUUAUUACACUUCUUAGAUUCCAAAUAAAGAGGUGAAAAUAAAGUGAGAAAAAGUGAACAGAGCAAGGAUAUCGUAUUAGUCAUCGCUGGCAGCGACGUCGACUGCGCAGUCGGCAGCGCAUCCUGGCUGCUCGCGUGUGUGUCCGUGCGUGCGUGUGUGUCUCCCUCUAUUUUUGAAUUUCCGCCGGUUUCUGCACAACAACAACAACUAAAGCAACAGCGGGGAGAAUAAAACAACAACUUGUUUGUUUGAUCCCUGAGAGAGAGCAAGGAAGGGAGCAGGAUGGAGCGAAAGUUUACGCGCGGCUUGAACAAGCUCGGCUCAGCGGUGCAAAUGAGAGAGAAUGUCUCUCAGCUGGUGCGAGAGAGCGCGGUUUUGAACAAGCCACUCGUGGUGGAGCCGAUCGACUUUGAAGCCUUUAUAGCCAAAAAUAAAACUGUUAUCCAAAAUGAUCCGCAGCGGGAGCUGCUCAUCUAUCCCACAGAUGAUGUCUCGGAGAUCAUCAUGCCCCGCAAGCAGCGCACCAAUGCCAAGUCAGUGGCGGACAGAUUCGAUCCUCCCAAUGAGGCGAUUGUGUGUCCCCUGCAUGGUCCUGCCAUGAUAACGAACGGGAAUGGACACAGUCAAGUGAGUCGCCAGGGUAGCAUACAGUCGAAUGGAAGCCACCACAACGGGAAUGGCAAUGGGCACACAAGCAGCAGCAGUAGCAGCAGUUUGAACAACUCCAAUGGACAUGGGCAACUCUCCAGGAAGAGUUCACAGUGCUCGAACGGCUCCUCCAGCCACAAGGAUUCCUCAUAUGAGUCGGCCCUGUCGUCGAUUACACUCAGAUCAAAUCUGGCCCAGCCCGAGGAGGUGGAUGAGUUUGCGGAUGAUGGGCACGGCGAGGACUUGGUCGAUGGACAGCCUCACGGAUCCAGGGCGGAGUGCACCAGGUUCACAAGGCAGGCGCUCUACACGUACAGGGCAAAGAAUCACUUGAUUCACUACAAAUACAAUGCCUACGGUGGAAACUGUCACGAUCUUCCCAGCAUAUCACCUGCCGAGGAACUGGUGGAAGAGGUCUAUGAAAUCGAUGCGGAUCAGGACCGCAUUGACGAGCAGAUGACUCGCUCCCAGGCGGACACCAUAACCAAGCAGGGAUACCUCCUAAAAGGACCCGAUUCUGCCUCGGAUCGGAUGUUUGCCAAUAUUGGCAAUAAGUCGUUCAAGCGACGCUACUGCUAUCUGCGACAGGAGAUAGAUGGCACAUAUAUAUUAGAACUGCACAAGGACGAGAAGCAGGGCGAAGCCAAAGCCACAAUAGUAAUGGACUUCUGCACAGAUGUGGUUCAGAAUCCCAAACGUGGUCGCUUCUGCUUCGAGCUCCGCAUGACGACGGGCCAUAAAUCCUUCACCCUGGCUGCCGAAAACGAACAGGACUUUAAGGACUGGCUGAGCAAAAUCUCAUCGGUUUUGGCCCAAAAUCGCGCACAAGAGGAGAAGCGAAAUGCUUCACUGGAACGGCAGCCAUCUAUCGGCUCGAAUCCAAGUCCCCAGCUGCAGCCACCCGCAAUGGAUCCGCCAACCUUUGGCACUUUGAAGGGCUUGGAUCAAUCACUGCAUCCCCAAUUGAUGAAGUAUGGACGAGAAACGGAUCACUCGAUUGCUUUGGCGAGAAGGGAACAGCGCCGCCGGCUAUUUGCCUGCUAUCAGUCGCCAGUCAAGGGCAGCGGUAGCGAUAAUGUGGAGCAGUAUCGCGAGCACUUUGGCUCACGGCUGCUGCUCACCUGCCACAACCUGCGCUUCCGGCUGCAGUGCAUCCCACAGGACGAGGGCUCUGCUGGUGGAGUCGAACAGCAGGUGGAACCCUAUAUCACCAGCCUGGCGCUGUUCGAUGCCAAGGCAAACCGAAAGUUAAGCGAGAACUUUUACUUCAAUGUAAACGAGCAGUGGGCAGCCCAGCUACUACCAAAUAUGCCAGUACCUUCCUCUGUUGCUGGUUGUGGAGUCCCGAGAAAGUCAGCGGAGGGCGAUGAAAGGAGUUCCGCUUGUCAGGCACCUCAUUCCCUAUUCGAUGGAGUGUCUGCCGAGCUGUUGCGAUCGAAUCGUCAGCAGUUUCAGCAACUGCGACAAUGUCUGCUUUCCGUGACAGCUCCACAUGCCGAUAUAUAUUUGGUUGUGCGAAUAGAGAAGAUACUGCAAUCAGGAAUAGCCCAGGUUGCUGAACCGUAUCUUAAAGCUGGCAAGGAUCCAAAGCUGGGCCAAAAAGUCUAUAAAGCGGCGAAGAGCUAUGCUCAGCAUAUUGGCCAUUACCGCCAGCCUUUUGCCUGGGCAGCAAGACCUCUCUUCAAGCAAUACAGUCACGAAUUGGAUGUGGAUCCCAAGAGGGAGUUCGAGUUCAGUCCCAUUUAUCGCCAGGAGAUACCUAAGCUGAAGGAUGAGGAAAUUCUGAAGCUGUUGAUCGAUUAUCGCAAACCUGAAAAACUGAGCAAACUAACAGUUAUUCCUGGCAGCCUUAAGAUGCAGAUGCAGUUCCUGGACCAAACCACACCUUGCGGCCUAAGCAAAUCACUGGCGCCUUUGUCCACAUUUAGCCCAUCUUCCAAGCAACCGCCCACUGUCGAAGUGGCCGAAUUCCAAAGCCACAGUGAACGGGAUGCACACCCCUAUACGAGUUUCUGUAACCACCUCUAUGUGUAUCCACUGAGUUUGCAAUUCGACAGCCAGAAACUGUUCUCAAGAGCCAGGAAUAUCACGGUCGUGGUGGAGCUACGGGAUGGCGAUGGGGAGUACAGCAAACCCUUAAAGUGCAUAUAUGGCCGCCCUGGCCAGGAUCUCUUAGUGUCCCAGAUAGCCUGCCCGGUGCUGCAUCACAAUGUAACACCCACCUGGUACGAGGAAAUCAAACUGCGUCUUCCGCUGGGACUAUUUCCGGAACACCACCUGCUCUUUUCCUUCUACCACGUGUCCUGUAAUCUCAGCAAGAAAAGGGAUGCGCAUGCGGCGUUUGAAACGCCUAUUGGUUAUGCCUGGUUGCCAUUGCUCCAGAAGAAUCGCAUAUGCCUGGAGGAACAACAACUUCCGGUGGCUGCCACCUUGCCUGUCGGCUAUCUUUCCAUCCAACCCUUGGGCUGGGGCAAAGGGCAGAACUGCGGUCCGGAUAUCCAGUGGAUCGACAACCAGAGAAAUUUAUAUACGGUGGGAUUGCGUCUGGACUCCACGGUUCUGACUGCCGAUCAGCACUUGCACAACUUUUUUGGACACUGUGAAAGGCUGCUGGAGGGAGGCAAAACGGGAGCAGUGCCAGCGGAAACGGAAACCUGCAAGAUCUUGAAAGCUGCCCACGCCAUUGAUAUGAAAUCCUUGAUUAACUACUUACCCACGGUCCUCAACGAGCUGUUUACUCUGCUAGUUCACACGCAAUCCGAAGAAAUCGGUUUGAAUGUAAUCCGCUUGAUUACAAACAUCAUCCAUUUGAUCAGUGACCAGGCGAAAAGAUCUGAUCUUUUGGGUGCCUACGUGAAGUACGUAUUUCACGCACCCUACUACAGCCAGCAAACUGCUAGGCAAAGGACGGUACAUGGAGAACUCUGCAGGCAUUUGCCCUAUCUACUUAAUCCCAGCAAUCCCGAUUUCCUCAUCGUCAACAAGUUUAUGAGGUACUCGUCGAUAUUCUUCGAUCUGAUUAUAAAAAGCAUGGCUCAGCACUUGUUGGCCACCGGCAGGAUUCGAAUGCUGCGUAACGAGCGGUUUCCCAAGGAAUAUGGUGAUCGUGUGGAGCAAUUGAUAAAGGCACUAAUGCCGUACAUAACCACUCGAUUCGAGGACUUAAGUGAGGAAACUCAUUUGCUGAAUCGAUCUUUGGCCAAGUUUGUGCGCCAGUGUCUGAGUUACAUGGACAGAGGAUUUGUUUUUCGCUUGAUCCGUUGUUAUAUGGCAGAAUUUGCGCCUGGUAAUCCGCGCAUACUUCACGAAUACAAGUUCAACUUUCUGCAGGAGAUCUGCCAGCAUGAGCAUUAUGUGCCCCUCAAUCUGCCAUUUGUCUUGAAUCCAAAGAACAGACCACCUGAGAUGAUGCAGCACUUCACGCUUUCCGAACAAUUCUGUAGGCAGCAUUUUCUGUCCGGACUAAUACUUCAGGAAUUGAAAAGCAGCCUCAAUGAAGUGGGCCAUGUGAGGCGACACGCGCUGGGCAUUUUCAAAGAUCUCCUGGCCAAACACGAGUUGGAUAACCGAUAUCAGCAGAAGGGUCAGCUCUCACGGAUUGCCCUGCUCUAUGUUCCAUGGUUGGGCGUUGUGAUGGACAACAUACAUCGGAUUGAUGAUUUGGCGGAGUCUGGAGCUUGUACGCCCAAUGGGCACGUUUAUGCGGACUCCGCGUCCUAUACUAAGCGCUUGAGUUGUUCCAGUAGCUAUGUGUUCAGCAAGGACUCUUCCACUUUUGGCUCUCUGACGUCCACGCCGCGUUCAAAGAAUCGCCUGACUAUGCACUGCGAUCAAGCGAGUCCAUACCGCACCUCGGUUCACAUGAAGGAGCACAACUAUCUGGCCGCUAUCGCUGGACAGCCCAUUAGCAAUGGGAUCUCUAAUCUCUCACUGAACUCGAAUACGGACUCGGGGCACUCUCAGGACACCACCACAAUAGGAGCCUAUACGAAUGGGGACACAGAUGUGGCCCUACGAAAUGGACACAAUCGCUCAGUGAGCGUUACCCAUGCACAGAUCCUCUCCCGCUGCGAUAAGUUCAGUUCCGUCGAAAGCAAGGACCUUCUUCUGGGCUUCCUUUUCAUCAUCAAACACCUUUCACAAGAACAGAUGGUUGCUUGGUGGCAAAACUGCAAUGAAUCCGAGACUCUGCAGUUCCUGUCCAUUCUCGAUCUCUGCCUGCUGCAGUUCCGAUACGUGGGCAAGAAAAGUGUAGUGAUAUCUACAGAAACCCGUCAGGGACGUUUGGCCAAGGCCAACACUCUUCCAGCUAGGACUCAACCACCCACAGGCUUGGAGAACGGCAGUCAGGAACAGCAGCCAUCGAGUGGAACCUUGAAUCAAACGCGGGAACAUCUACUAGAGGAUAUGGAUACUCUAGCGAGAAGUCAGUUGGCUCUUUAUGAAUCGAAUUUGGCCACCGAAGUGGGCAUGAUUAUAUUGGACUGCUUGGGGCUGUAUGUUCUGCAGUUCAGACAACUCCUGGCCGAUAGCUUAGUCCUGCCCAAGGUGGCCAGAGUUUACCUGAGAUUCCUGCAGUUGGGUCAAUCAGAACGGCUCUCCAAACACGUCUUUGCAGCACUGAGAGCUUUUAUAAACAACUAUGCAAUGGCUCUUUUCAAAGGAAAUGCCAUGUUGUGCGGUCAGAUGGUUUAUGAGCUUCUCAAGGCCUGCGAUAGUCGCCUAGUGGAGAUUCGCCACGAGUCUUGUGCUGUGUUAUAUCUUCUCAUGCGCAGUAACUUCGAAUUCAGUGGCCGAAAAGCCCUAACCCGCGUACACUUGCAAGUCAUUAUAUCAGUAUCCCAGAUGAUUGGAAACGUAAUUGGACUGAACAAUGCCAGAUUCCAAGAAAGCUUGUCAAUCAUCAAUAGCUAUGCGAAUAGCGAUAAGGCGAUGAAGGGCACGGGUUUUCCCAUGGAGGUCAAGGACUUAACGCGUCGAGUGCGUACCGUGCUUAUGGCCACUGCCCAAAUGCAGGCUCAUCAUAUGGACCCUGAAAGAUUGCUGGAACUGCAGUAUUCCCUAGCCAAUUCGUAUGCCUCCACGCCAGAACUUCGCCACACUUGGCUGGUGACCAUGGCCAGAAAUCACGAGCAGAAUGGAAAUCUGUCGGAGGCUGCCUGCUGCCAUCUCCACAUUGCUGCACUGAUGUGCGAAUAUCUCCGCUUAAGAGGAGGUUGCACUCUUAGUUGGUCAUCCACUGCAUUCGGCAAGAUAUCUACGAACAUACCCCUAGAUGAGCAAGGUCUCAAACUGGAUGCCGGUGCCCAGGACUCCCAGUACACAGAACAAAUGCUGUUGGAGCAGCUCAAGCUCUGUGCUGACUUCUUGGACCGCGCUGAGAGGUUUGAGUGCCUUGGAGAGCUCUACAAACUCAUCCUGCCCAUGUACGAAAGGGAUCGUAGUUACCAGGAGCUGGCACACUGCUACGAACACCUCACACAAGCCUACAACAAAAUAGGCGAGGUGAAUCGGUCAGGAAAGAGAAUGCUGGGCCGCUUUUACAGGGUUGUAUUCUAUGGAAUGAUGUACUUUGAGGAAGAUCAUGCCAUCGAGUAUGUGUACAAGGAGCCCAAGCUGACAUCGCUCAGCGAAAUCUCCGAGCGACUGGCCAAACAGUACAAGGAGAAGUUUGGAGCCGAUGUAGUGAAGAUGAUCAUGGACUCGUCACCGGUUAAAGUAGACGAACUAGAUGCCAAACUUGCUUACAUACAGGUCACCCAUGUGAUUCCUUUCUUCUCCAAAGACGAACUCGACCAAAGGCUGAAUGAAUUCGAGCAGAAUCACGAUGUGGACACCUUCAUGUACGAGACUCCGUUCACCAAAUCGGGAGCAGCCCGUGGCAGCGUCGAAGAGCAAUGGAAGCGCAAGACGGUUAUAAAAACUCAAUACUCCUUCCCAUAUGUUCUAAAACGUAUACCGGUUAAAUCGCGUGAAAUCAUCGAACUGAGUCCCAUCGAGGUGGCCAUCGAUGAGAUGCAAUCCAAGGUUUCAGAGCUGGAGGAGAUCAUUCUCCCACCAGCCGAUGUGAAGAAGUUGCAGCUGCGUCUGCAGGGAAGUGUGGCGGUGACAGUGAAUGCUGGUCCUCUGGCCUACGCUCAUGCCUUUCUCGAUGCCAAGGUGGUUAACAACUUCUCAAUGGAUCGCGUCGGAGAUCUUAAGGAUGUUUUUCGCGACUUCAUUGUGGUGUGCCAGAAGGCCCUGUUCCUCAACGAGCGGAUCAUCAGCGCAGACCAGAAGGAGUACCAUCAUGUGUUGAAGGAGAACUACGAGAAGCUGUGCCAGGCGCUCAGUGAGUUGCUGGACGACGAGUCCUUCCAGCCGCUCGGCGACGAUGCCGACAGCAUAAACCAGCGCAAUAGCAUGGCUUUGUUCAAUGCGAUCAGUGGCGCCUCCCAUAACUCAAGUACUGCUUAAGUCCAACACAAAUCAUAAUAAGAUAUCAAAUAUCAAAAUUCUGAAACUCAAGUCACCCACACGCACGGCUAACCAGAAACCAAACCGAAUGUUGAAUUUGAAUGUAUUCAAAUAACACGAGCCCGAUACGUAGGCGUAGAGAUUGCAUUAUGCGUUAGCGUAACCACACGUAACCACGUAGUCGUAACAUAGGCUCUCUUGGUGUUCCUUUGUUUGAUGUUGUCGUUGAUUUUGAAAUUGUCUUGCGGCAGGUAAAGCUCGAUUUUGGGCUUAGUGGUUUGCGCCUCGGCUGAGGGAAUCCGCAUGUGACUAACACCACAGAAACAUAAACAAUCUAAAUCUGGUGGCUUUUAAUCCGAACCGAUACUAACCGUAAGCGCUUUCUGACAAAAUUCGGCUAAUCCAACUAAAUGUUCCGUGACCCUACCCCUAGCUUUUCCAUUUUGUAUUAACGAGUUUGUAAUUCUCCCUUUUUAGGACCGUAUUUUGUUGAUCAAAGUACCAGCAACAGCACCCACCACCACAGCUCCCACAUAAACACACAGAACUCCACACACCAUUCAUAACCGAUAACCGAACAAUAUAUUACGUGUGCUAAACGACCAGUUCCAUAAGUUCCAGUUAACCGAUAUUACAUGUUAAUUUGACUACAUCUAAGUGACUACGUUUUAAAUUCCCAAUUUAUUGUUGUUAGAUUUUUAUGUUGGACGAUUCGAUACUUACAAUUACAUCAAAUAUUUGUAUAUUUUAGCAUAGCAUGCAUGAUAUCGAGUGCAGCCCGAAUAUAGUUUAAAACUUGUAUAUUAUUAUUAUUAUUAUAAUUUGAAUUCGAGUCCUUGAUUUGAUUUUAUAACGCUAUCGGCUAAUGAUGCACUUAACGCAACCUGUACCAGUUACUUUAUUAGAUGAAAUCUGCUAACUUUUGUGUCUUCUUCAAAACUCGAAAUGGCUAAGGAAUCGUUUGAUAAUUUAAUUAUUCCUAAACGUAAAUGAAAUUAAUGUUAGUGUUAAACUAGAGCAAUAAGUUCCCGCAAGCAACAGAACUUACCAAAGUAUUCAGAUAAAGGAAAAACCUAUAUAACAGAUCUACGGAUAUAUAUUUACAUACAUGCAUUUUCUAGUGAAAUCGUAUAAUGAACUAAAUACAAAUAUACGCAUUAAAUGUUAAA